GGUGCGCAUUGUGACAUCCAAGCCAUCCUCUAAACAAUUUUAUUACUUGUAUAUAUUUUUUAAAAUUAUUUUGGAUGCAUCCAUUGUUUUAAAAUUAACUAAUUAUCAUUCACAAUCAACUCAAGCUCUUGUCCCUCAAGAAAAUUACAAGAUGAUGGCUUGAUUCAUAAAUUACUUCUCAAUAUAAACGAGAGCAUAUUGAAUAAAUAAUUUAAAAAUUAAAAUUAUAAACAUGGAUUCAGCGUCAAGUGAAGCUGAAAUUUUUGAAAAACUUGAAAAAGAAACAGAGUCAUUAAAACUUCGCCUUGAAGAUGAAAGAAAAAAACUCAAUGAUGUUACACUUGCUGAUGUAUCUGAUAGACUUGAAAAUGUAAAUUGGAUAAAUAUAAAACCACGUCGUGUAUUAAAGGGACAUCAAGCAAAAGUAUUAUGUUUAGACUGGUCACCAGAUAAACGACAUAUUGUAUCAUCAUCACAAGAUGGAAAAAUGAUAAUAUGGGAUGCAUUUACAACGAAUAAAGAAUAUGCUGUAACAAUGCCAACAACAUGGGUCAUGGCAUGUGCAUAUGCACCAAGUGGCAAUCUUGUUGCAUGUGGUGGUCUUGAUAAUAAAGUAACUGUUUAUCCAUUGAGUCUUGAAGAUGAUGUCACGAGUAAAAAAAAAACUGUUGGUACACAUACAUCGUAUAUGUCAUGUUGUGCAUUUCCCAAUAGUGAUCAACAAAUAUUAACUGGUAGUGGUGAUAGUACUUGUGCUCUAUGGGAUGUUGAAAGUGGACAGUUAUUACAAAAUUUUCAUGGACAUUCUGGUGAUGUUAUGUCCAUUGAUUUAGCACCAAGUGAAACUGGUAACACAUUUGUAUCUGGAAGUUGUGAUAAAAUGGUACUAAUAUGGGACAUGAGAAGUGGACAGUGUUGUCAAAGUUUCGAAGGACAUGAAUCAGAUGUUAACUCAGUACGUUUUCAUCCAAGUGGGGAUGCUGUUGCAACUGGCUCUGAUGAUGCAACUUGUCGUUUGUUUGAUUUACGUGCUGACAAGGAAGUUGCUGUUUAUGCAAAAGAAUCAAUAAUAUUUGGUGCAAAUUCAGUUGAUCUAAGUGUCAGUGGUCGUUUAUUAUUUGCUGGGUAUAAUGAUUAUACUGUUAACAUAUGGGAUACACUUAAAUGUCAACGUGUUGCAUUAUUAUAUGGACAUGAAAAUCGUGUAUCUUGUUUACGUGUUUCACCAGAUGGUACUGCACUAUCAACUGGUAGCUGGGAUACAACAAUCAGAGUUUGGGCGUAAUUUUUAAGUCAAUCAAAACAUUGUCAAGAUAUCAAAAAUUAUUAUUUAUAAUAAUAAUUAAGUACCAACGUGCAUUUAAUUAAAUAAAUUAGAUGAUAAAUAUUAUUAUACAAAUGUAAAUGACACGCAAGUAGAAUCACUUAGAGCCUCAUGUUUAUGUACAAAUAAUAAAAUGGUUAUUAAUUUAGAUUAAAAAUUUUACCAAAAUAUUAUAAAUAAUAAUAUACAGUAUGUAAAGAGAGAAAGAGAGAUAGAGAGUGAAGGAGAGAGAGCAAGAGAAAAAGUAUUUAAAUAUUAUUAAAAUAAUAAAAUGUUAGUAUUUUUGUUUAUUAUUAAUAAAAAUUAUUUUCUUCUUUCUUUUACAACAAAAAAAAAAAUA